GGUACAAAGCAGAUCCAAGAUGGCGGCGAGCAGGCGACUGCAUAAGGAACUUGAUGAGAUCCGCAAGUCUGGAAUGAAAAAUUUCCGCAACAUUCAGGUGGAUGAGUCAAAUAUUCUGACCUGGCAAGGACUCAUCGUCCCUGACAACCCACCGUAUGAUAAAGGUGCAUUCCGGAUUGAGAUCACAUUCCCUGCUGAAUACCCCUUUAAACCACCUAAGAUCACAUUUAAAACCAAGAUCUACCAUCCGAAUAUUGAUGAGAAGGGUCAGGUGUGCCUGCCGGUCAUAAGUGCUGAGAACUGGAAACCUGCUACCAAAACUGACCAAGUUAUCCAGUCUCUCAUCGCCCUCGUCAACGACCCGCAACCAGAACACCCUCUGAGGGCCGACCUCGCGGAGGAAUAUUCAAAAGACCGUAAAAAGUUCUUUAAGAACGCAGAAGAGUUUACAAAGAAACAUGGCGAGAAGCGGCCAGUGGACUGAUAUCGCAUGGGCGUCUUUCCCUUGUUUUUCCUUUUCCCACUCCUCCAAAACCGUUCCCCCUCCUCCCCAGUCCAGAACCCCGCCAGCCUGCCCUCACUCUCGGUCACCCGCGGAGCGUUCCAGCUGCAUCCGACCUUCAGCAGAAAGACCCCUGAUUCUCAGCCUCUGGGGGUGGAAAGUGUGUUGAAAUUGUGGUCAGCGAAUCAUGAUAAUGAGAACUCGAUGAUGAUAGAAGUGGUGAGAUUUGGGGGUGGGGAAGGACGGGGUUGUUCCUUUUAAUUUGUUCUUAAAUUGCACAGAGAUAUGUUCAGCUCAUGUAAUCUGCUGUGUGAUAAAUCUUGACUGUUUUCAUAGGCAGAAUACUACGGUGAACCAGAGUAUAAUGUUAAGUCUUUCACAUUUAUGACAUUAAAAGAAAUCAAACCCAAUAGUUCAUUAAUGGAAACACAUAAUACGUCAAAGGUGUGUGGCAAAUGUUUUUUUUAUUAUAUAUAUAAAUAUAUAUUUCUCUUUCAUUUCUGUAAUUUUUUAUUAUUAUUUUUGCUUAGAUUGCACUGUUUUCUGUGGAAUAAGGUUUCAUGUUCUUCAUAAUCUCAGUUUGUAACACGUUGAAUCACAAACUAGUCACUGUCACCCAUAUAAUGUUUAUGAUGUCAUAAAAGGAAAGCAAAUACC